AUGCUGCAUGCUCAUGCACGCGGCGUGCCGAAUGCCAUACGUAUGAGCCUUCGUACUCCUGUGCGUGCAUACAAGAGCCACGCAAUCGCACUCCGUAUGCCCACCGCUGCAGGCCGUGGCGCAUUUAUUGCUCGUGCUGGCCUCAUGGCCGGCGCUACGGCUUUGCUUGGCGGGUCGCUUCUGUGGCCUUCGCAGGUCCAGUGUGAUGCUGUUGUGGUUGAACCGCCGGGCGCGAAACCGGCGAAAGUCGAGCCGAAAAGCAUCGUGAACGUGUACGAGUUGUCGUUUGGCACGAUCUGCGGACUGUGCGCCGGCAUCUUUAUCAAGAAAGGCUUCAAGCUGAUUGCCGUUUUCCUUGGUGCUGCAUAUGUGAUGCUCCAGUACCUAGCUUCACGCAAGCUUGUCAAUGUUAACUGGAAGAGCAUCGAGUCUACGUACAACAAGUCGAUCGAUAAGUUCGCCACGCCAAGCGGCGACCGCGCCAUGGACCGCUUCCCCCUCACACGCAUCUGGCAGAAUUCGAUCAACUUCUUGACUUCCGACUUCCAGCAGCGUGCUACAUUUAUUGGGGGUCUCGUGCUUGGCUUGCGCCUUGGGUAG